AUGAAUCCACUAAUUGCUGCUGCUUCUGUUAUUGCUGCUGGAUUGGCCGUAGGGCUUGCUUCUAUUGGACCUGGAGUUGGUCAAGUGCUUAAUCCAGGGAAUGUUUUUUAUUUGCAUUCACGCCUUUUAGAAAGAGCCGCUAAAUUAAAUUCUCUUUUAGGCGAAGGAAGUAUGACCGCUUUACCAAUAGUUGAGACUCAAUCUGGAGACGUUUCCGCCUAUAUUCCUACUAAUGUAAUCUCCAUUACAGAUGGACAAAUAUUCUUAUCUGCGGAUCUAUUCAAUGCCGGAAUUCGACCCGCUAUUAAUGUGGGUAUUUCUGUUUCCAGAGUAGGAUCCGCGGCUCAAAUUAAAGCCAUGAAACAAGUAGCUGGCAAAUCAAAAUUGGAACUAGCGCAAUUCGCAGAGUUACAAGCCUUUGCACAAUUCGCCUCUGCUCUCGAUAAAACAAGUCAGAAUCAAUUGGCAAGGGGUCGACGAUUAAGGGAAUUGCUUAAACAAUCCCAGGCAAAUCCUCUCCCAGUGGAAGAGCAGAUAGCUACUAUUUAUACCGGAACAAGAGGAUAUCUUGAUUCGUUAGAAAUUGAACAGGUAAAUAAAUUUCUGGAUGAGUUACGUAAACAUCUAAAAGAUACUAAACCUCAAUUCCAAGAAAUUAUAUCUUCUAGCAAGACAUUCACCGAGCAAGCGGAAAUCCUUUUGAAGGAAGCUAUUCAGGAACAGCUGGAACGGUUUUCUCUUCAGUAACAAAUAAAUUUUGCAUGUCUACUCUUGUUAGUAGAAUAGGAAUCGUUGAGAAAGCUUUUUCAUUUGAAUCAUGCAAAAAAGUUUUCUUUGUUUUUAGUUUAGUAUAGUUAUUUAAAGAAUAGAUAGAAAUAAGAUUGCGUCCAAUAGGAUUUGAACCUAUACCAAAGGUUUAGAAGACCUCUGUCCUAUCCAUUAGACAAUGGACGCU